AUGUCGUCCCACCAAUCCUUGUCGGCCGAAAUGCUCAUCAAUCGCAUUGCUUACCAGCCGGAUCUCAUUUUGAAUACGAUGAUCACGAUUCCCGAGCCAACGAAGCGUGCAGCCAUUAACCCACAGCGAAAAUCCUCCACAUUAGAAGUCCUCGAUAAUCUACCCCUCGAAUUGUUGCAGAUGGUUCUCACCACGUUGGACUUCCAAAUUUUUCACGGUUCUCGCAAGUCUGUUCGCGAGCCUCUGCUGUUGCAAUCACUACCUUCCUACCGAGAUCUGAUCGAGUAUGCACCUCGCACGAUAGCAGCACUGGCAAAAACACGACUGGACUGUUACCACACGAUUGCGGUGCUCCACGCAGCUCUCUUGUCAGAGCGCUGCGUCUCCUGUGGAAAUUACGGAGCUUUCUUGUUUUUGCCAAGCUGUGAGCGGUGCUGCUACCAGUGCCUUCGCAGAAACCAGUCCUUUUGGGUCAUUCCUGCGUCCUUAGCCACAAAAUGCUUCCAUCUUAACGCUAGCCAGUUGAGAGAGAUACCUCAUCUGCUAAGUGUUCCUGGGUUCUACCCAAUCAGAGGAUUCACACUGCGAAAACGACGCAUCAACCUUGUCGGCGUAAAAUCGGCGAAGACUGUUGCCCUCAAGAUACAUGGAUCAAUACAAAAUAUGGCCCAGGACCCUUUGAUAUCAGAACGAGAUGACACACUUUCAGAUGAGGAGUUCAGCUACUUCAGAAGUCUCAUGCCAGACAAGAAAGUCGACCGGAUCAACAUGUUCCGAUGGCUCCAGAAAGCGCCACUCCACCCUUUCGACCGCGACCCAGUUAUGCUGCCAAUGCAAAAGAAUAUGCCAAGCAACAAUUACAAAGGCAUGGGAUCCAUCUUCUUCCCUUCACUCUUGUCCAACGCAAGACUUGAGACUGGACUGUGGUGUCGUGGCUGCGUAUACACUUGCAGGCUGUAUAACAGUGAGCGUCGCGCCGAAGUUGAAAUUGCAUUGUCGGACAGCAUCCCGCAAGACCGUGACCCUCUCAAGAUCCUCCUUGGACUCCAGCAUCGUGCCCGAUCAAGAACGCAAUUUUUGGAACAUGUCGAGCAUUGUUACGGGGCACAGAGAAUGCUUGCUGAAUCUUAA